AUGUCUGCUUCCCGCGCGAAAUUGGCGGAGCUGCGUGCCCUUCGCGCCGCAGGAAAGAAACGCCUGUCGACAUACGAGGUUGAGGAACAAGGCGAUAUCUACGAGGAAGUCGAUGAUGAAGGUUAUAAGAAAAUUAUCCGCAACCGGCUAGAUCAGGAUGACUUCGUGGUCGACGAUAACGGAGAAGGUUAUGCAGAUGACGGUCGCGAGGUUUGGAACGAGCGGAACGCAGACUACGGCGACAGUGAAAGCGAAGACGAUGGUUUGCCUGCCCGGGGUAAGGCUGCGAAGAGGAAGCGUGAGGAGGAAAAGCAACGGAAGGAAAAGAUCAACAAUGGCAUCUCGAAGUAUUUCAGCGGCGGGGCUGCGCCCUCUGCUCCGAAGCCCAAGCCUGUUGCUACCGCAGAAGACGAUGCAUUCAUGGCCGAUUUGCUCGGAGAAGUCGACACCAACGUGGUCCCGCAUCGUGUGCCAACAAGAAACAUAAUCAAGUCUGAGACCCGGCGCAAAGUUCGCAUCUUGUCACCCCCACUAGCCGACCGAACACGCAGAGAGAAGCCUAUUAGGAAGGAUGAGAAUAGUGAUCCGAUUUCGCCAGUCAGGGACCAGACAGAGUCUGCUUUGGACGACGACGAUGGCCCGCUUCCUGAUAUGGAUGAUGACGAUGACUUCCCGAUGGGUGAUCCGAUGCCAUCGUCCCCAAUCAGCAAAGCGGUAGAAAGGAAAUCGGUCACCGUGCCUGUCAAAGUGGAGGAGCCUGAUGACGAUGACAAUGAUAUUAUGGAGGUUGCAGAAGUCACUGGACAGAACGAAGCUAAAGCUACAACCAUCAACAUGGCCGGAAGCCGACCGCCGCCGAAACUCAAGCAAGAGGAUCGUCCGGCUCUUGCAAGCUCUUCGCCUACAAAGCCAUUGCCAGAAGUAGAUGCAUCCUGGAACGAUGUUAGGAGCAAGCUGAAUGUCCUCAGCAGCCCGGCGUCAUCGGAAAUGCGUGGCUUCGGUAAGCUUCGUGCCCAGGAUGUUAUUGAGGAAGACGGCAGCCUGCGCAUGUUCUGGUUGGACUUCACAGAAGUCAACGGCAGCCUUUGCUUGUUUGGAAAGGUGAAGAACAAGCAGAACGGUUCUUACGCCAGCGCAUUCGUCAAAGUCGACAACAUCCUACGAAAGCUCUACUUUCUCCCCCGAGAGUAUCGGCACAAGAACGGGCGAGAGACAGACGAAGAGGUAGACAUGGAAGAUGUUUACCAGGAAGUCGACGGGAUGAUGUCAAGGCUGAAGGUAGGAAUGCAUAAGAUCAAGCCUUGCACCCGCAAAUAUGCAUUUGAAUUACCCGGUGUCCCGAAAGAGGCGGAAUAUUUGAAGCUCCUUUAUCCUUACGACAAGUCUGUCUUGCCAAUGGACGUCAAGGGCGAGACAUUCUCCCAUGUUUUCGGGACAAAUACAUCAUUAUUUGAGCAGUUCGUGCUCUGGAAAAACAUCAUGGGUCCUUGUUGGCUCAAAAUAGAGGAAGCGGAUUUUUCUGCUGUUAACAAUGCCUCUUGGUGCAAAUUUGAAUGUCAGGCAACAAAGCCAGCACUUAUCUCCCCGGUUCCUGAUUCUGAGAACCUGGAAGCACCCCCUCUUACGAUCAUGAGUCUGUCCUUCCGAACACAGCUCAAUGUGAAAGAGAAUAAACAGGAGAUUCUGGUGGCAAGCGCAAGAGUGUAUGAAAACGUUUCACUCACGGACACAACCCCACCCGAGAGACUUCCCUGCAAGACUUUCACGGUCAUGCGGCCUGCAGGCACUUCAUAUCCGAUGCAUUUUGAAACUGAAACGCGGAAGCAGCGUGGCAUGUAUAUGCUAGAGAAGAGUGAACAGUUUCUGCUCAGCAAAUUCUUAGCACUGUUUGAAAAAAUGGAUCCGGAUGUUCUAAUGGGACAUCAACUCCAGGAAGUGGACCUCAGCAUUCUACUCAGCAGAUUGAAGGAAAAGAAAACACCUGGCUGGCAUCGACUCGGGCGGUUAAAGCGCGGCGAUUGGCCCAAGAAUUUCAACAGGGGUGGCGGCUUCUUUGCCGAGAGGCAUCUUAUUGCAGGAAGACUGAUGUGCGAUGUUGCCAAUGAUAUGGGCAAGUCUCUGAUGAUGAAAUGUCAAUCCUGGAGUUUGACAGAGAUGUGUGACCUCUACCUCGGAAAGGGAAAUGCCAGACAAGAAUUGGAUUGCGAAGCCGCAUUGAAGACAUGGGCCACUACCAAGGAUGGCCUCAUGAAUUUCGUGAAUCAUUGCGACGCGGAUACCUAUUUCAUUGCUGCAUUGGUGUUGCGACUUCAGAUGCUACCGUUGACCAAAGUUCUCACAAAUAUUGCUGGUAACUCUUGGGCACGAACACUUAGCGGUACGCGAGCAGAGCGGAAUGAGUACAUUCUGCUGCACGAGUUCCACCGUAAUAAAUAUAUCUGUCCCGACAAGUACGCUUCUAAACUGCUGAAAGCAGAAGAGAAGAUGCAGGAGGGCGACGAUGAUGAUUCGGCGGACAAAAAGAAAAAGGACAAAUAUAAGGGUGGUCUUGUCUUUGAACCCGAGAAAGGUCUUUACGACAAAUUCAUCCUUGUGAUGGACUUCAACAGUUUGUAUCCGAGUAUUAUCCAGGAAUACAAUAUCUGUUUCACGACAGUGGAACGGACAGCGACUGUUGACAACGACAAGGAAGAAAAGGUGCCCGACGUUCCUUCCUCAGAUCAGGAGCAGGGUAUUCUGCCUAAACUCAUUGCUACCUUAGUUGGCCGUCGACGCGAAGUCAAGAAGUUGAUGAAGGACAAACGCGCUACCCCUGAGCAACUUGCGCUGUGGGACACCAAGCAGUUGGCCUUUAAGCUUACCGCUAACUCCAUGUACGGUUGUUUGGGAUAUACGCAGAGUCGCUUCUACGCUCGUCCCUUGGCCAUGCUCACCACAUUUAAGGGACGUGAAAUUCUCAGAAGCACCAAGGAGCUGGCCGAGUCAAAGCAGCUCAGAGUCAUCUAUGGUGAUACUGACUCGGUCAUGAUUAACACGAACAUGGACACGAUCAGCGAUGCUCUCAAGGUCGGUGAUGAAUUCAAAAAAUCGGUAAACGAGCGCUAUCGGCUGCUGGAAAUCGACAUUGACAAUGUGUUCCGUCGCCUCCUUCUUCACGCAAAGAAGAAGUAUGCCGCUGUCAACAUGACCGAAGUAGAUGGCAAGUAUGUGGACAAGCUCGAAGUCAAGGGCUUGGAUAUGAAGAGACGUGAAUAUUGCUCGUUGUCCAAGGAAGUCUCGCAGAAGCUGCUAAACGAGGUUCUUUCCGGUGAAGAUCAAGAAAUUGUCCUCAACCGAGUCCAUGACUACCUGCGCGAGCUAGCAGAAAAGAUGCGCGAGUUCUCGGUUCCAGUUCAAAAAUACGUCAUCUACACGAAACUCUCCAAGCGACCCGAAGAAUAUCCCAACAAGGAAUCGAUGCCCCCGGUACAGGUUGCUUUGCGCGAGCUCGCCCGUGGAAAGUCGGUUCGUCCUAGCGACGUGAUAUCGUACAUCGUGACGAAUGGGGAUGCAGAGACUGCGUCUCUCCCACCGGCCAAGCGGUCAUAUACACUUCAGGACGUAAUGAAGUCUGAUUCAGGGCUCAAGCCUGAUAUUGAGUUCUACCUCCUCAAGCAAAUAUUCCCGCCCAUCGAGCGUCUCUGUGCACCUAUUCCUGGUACCGAUGCCGUUCGACUAGCUGAGUGCUUGGGGCUUGAUGUUCGCAAAUACCAGAUCAAUAGCUCCAGCGGGAGCAGCCAGCAGAAUGCCGAUAUCUUCCCGCUGGAGUCGCAGAUUCCCGACUCCGUGCGCUUUGAGAAUGCCACACGGCUUACACUCACCUGUCGGUUCUGCAAGGAGAAAUCGGUCUUUGAAGGACUGGCACAGUCAACCCACAUGUGCACUACCAAUGGUGUCGUGUGUCCCAACCAAGCUUGUCAGAAACCGUUUACGGUCUUGACAAUCGUGGCCCAGCUCGAGGCACAGAUCCGAGCGCAGACUUCCAAGUACUAUGAGGGCUGGCUUAUCUGCGACGACACGGCAUGCGGUAACCGGACCAGACAAAUCAGUGUGUAUGGGCACCGGUGUCUUGGACCCCGGGGCCACGCCGAAGGUUGCCUUGGCCGAAUGACGUACGAGUACACGGAAAAACAGAUGUACAACCAAUUACUCUACUUUGCUGGACUUUGGGAUGUGGACAAGGCUCGGAAGGCAGCAGAGAAGGAACCCACUGGGGAAAAGAAGGAUAGUGUGGCGGCACUGGUUGAGUUCAAUCGCACGCGCCCCAGAAAGCUUUACGCAGUGACCGUCACCAUGUCAGUCGCGCGGGUCUUGGUCAUUGCAGGCUCUGACAGCUCGGGCGGCGCGGGUCUAGAAGCAGAUCAGAGGGUUCUAGCUGCACAUGGUUGCUAUGCUCUCACAGCCACCACGGGGCUCACGGCCCAGAAUACCCUGGGGGUGCAGGACAUCUUCAUCAUUCCCGCGGAGUUCGUGAAAAAGCAGAUCAACGCCGGCCUGGAAGAUGUCGGCGCAGAUGUUGUCAAAUUAGGAAUGCUCUCUUCCGCGGAGACAAUAGACGUCAUCGCUGAAGCAUUGACCCUCCACCAAGUGCCUGCGGUGGUGCUGGAUCCGGUCAUGGUAUCCACCAGCGGAUCACGGCUUUUACCCGAAGCAGCUAUCCAAGGUCUACGCAUAAAACUACUUCCAUUGACGACUAUUCUUACCCCGAACAUUCCGGAAGCCAUGCUGUUGUUGAAAGACGCCGGUAUAGAUGUGCCCGAACCAACGGACCUGCCUGGUAUUAUUCAGCUCGCAAAGCAGGUCUGUUCCAUGGGCCCCAAGGGAGUCCUGCUCAAGGGUGGCCACUUGCCGCUCACAAGCGAUAAUCGGACUGCACACAAUCAAGGCGAUGCCUCCAAGGUCAUUGAUGUGCUUUACGAUGGGCAAGAGGUUACCUUAUUCGAGACUGACUAUCUGGUGUCGAAGAAUACUCAUGGCACCGGCUGCUCUCUUGCCUCGGCCAUUUCGGCCAACCUAGCUCAUGGUAAGGAUCUGAGACGGGCAGUCCACAGUGCCGUUCGAUUUGUUGAGGCGGGCAUUAAGACCAGCAUUGAUCUUGGAAAGGGAAGUGGGCCGAUCAAUCACUUUCACUCCUUCUACAACCUGCCUUUUGCUGCCGGUCAUUUUGUGGAGUAUGCUCUAGACCGUCCCGACGUCCAGUCGGCAUGGAAGCGUUUCACGGAGCAUGAUUUUGUCAAGCGGAUGGGCGACGGCACACUCCCCGAGGAAAGAUUCAAAUCAUAUCUGGUGCAGGACUAUCUUUACCUGAUUCAGUUUGCCCGGAGCAAUGCACUCGCUUCAUAUAAAGCAGGAAACAUGGAGUCUAUUGCUGCAUCAGCAAAGAUUGUUCUCCACAUCCAGCGUGAAACUGCGUUGCACCUCGAUUACUGUGCUUCCUUCGGUCUAUCUAAGGAGCAGAUGGAGAGCACCCCAGAAACUAUUGCGUGCACCGCAUACGGCCGGUAUAUCCUUGAUGUAGGACAAUCGGAGGAUUGGCUCGCGUUGCAGGUGGCCCUUGCGCCCUGCUUACUCGGAUACGGAGCCAUUGCACAGAGGCUGUACACCGACAAAGAGUCCGUCCGCGAGGGCAAUCGGUACUGGAAGUGGAUCGAGAAUUAUGUCGCGGAGGACUAUACGGAAGCAGUGCGCUUGGGAUCCGGUAAGACACCAGCUUGUACCCACCCAUGA